AUGUGUGCAAGGCAGUUGCUGCUGUUGAACAUCAUCACUGAAUACGAGUACAUAUAUUACGAAAACUGCGACAUUGGGUUUGGGGUUUGAGUCGCCACCAUGUCUCGGGGAUCCAUUGAAAUCCCUCUGCGGGACACAGAUGAGGUCAUUGAGCUUGACUUUGACCAGCUUCCUGAAGGAGAUGAGGUCAUCAGUAUCCUCAAACAGGAACAUACACAGCUGCACAUAUGGAUUGCACUUGCUUUGGAGUACUACAAGCAAGGAAAGACCGAGGAUUUCGUCAAGUUGCUGGAGGCGGCACGCAUUGAUGGAAACCUGGAUUACAGAGACCAUGAGAAGGACCAGAUGACGUGUCUGGACACUUUAGCUGCUUACUAUGUCCAACAGGCUCGUAAAGAGAAGAACAAGGAUACAAAGAAGGACCUCAUCAACCAGUCCACUCUCCUGUACACCAUGGCAGACAAGAUCAUCAUGUAUGAUCAGAACCAUCUGCUUGGAAGAGCUUGCUUUUGUCUCCUGGAAGGAGAUAAGAUGGAUCAGGCUGAUGCUCAGUUCCAGUUUGUACUUAACCAGUCAACAAACAACAUACCUGCACUCUUGGGUAAGGCAUGUAUCUCCUUCAACAAAAAGGAUUACAGGGGAGCACUGGCGUAUUACAAAAAAGCCCUUCGCACUAACCCUGGCUGUCCAGCCGAGGUGAGGCUUGGCAUGGGCCACUGCUUUGUCAGGCUUAACAAACUAGAGAAAGCUCGCUUGGCUUUUGGUCGAGCCCUGGAGCUGAACUCUAAAUGUGUGGGGGCGUUGGUGGGUUUGGCUGUGCUGGAGCUCAACAGCAAAGAAGCCGACUCCAUCAAGAACGGAGUGCAGCUGCUGUCCAGAGCCUACACCAUUGACCCCAGCAACCCCAUGGUGCUCAAUCACCUCGCCAAUCAUUUCUUCUUCAAAAAAGAUUAUAGCAAAGUACAGCAUCUGGCUCUUCAUGCUUUUCACAACACAGAGGUGGAAGCUAUGCAAGCAGAGAGCUGCUAUCAGUUAGCUCGGUCCUUCCAUGUCCAGGAGGACUACGACCAAGCCUUCCAGUACUACUAUCAGGCCACUCAGUUUGCCUCAUCUACUUUUGUACUGCCCUUCUUUGGUCUGGGCCAGAUGUAUGUGUAUCGUAGAGACAAGGAGAAUGCUGCGCAGUGCUUUGAAAAGGUCUUGAAGGCAUAUCCCAGUAAUUAUGAAACCAUGAAAAUCCUUGGGUCACUUUAUGCCACAUCGGAUGACCAGGAGAAGAGAGACAUCGCUAAAGAACAUCUAAAAAAAAUCACAGUACAGUAUUCCGAUGAUGUGGAAGCCUGGAUUGAGCUUGCCCAAAUUUUGGAACAAACAGACAUUCAGGGUGCUCUGUCGGCAUAUGGCACCGCCACUCGCAUCCUCCAGGAAAAGGUUCAAGCUGAUGUUCCUCCUGAGAUCCUCAAUAAUUUGGGGGCUUUACACUUCAGAUUGGGAAACCUAGGCGAGGCCAAGAAAUACUUCCUGGCUUCUUUGGAGAGGGCCAAAGCUGAGGGCGAGCAUGAUGAGCACUACUACAACGCCAUCUCUGUCACAACCUCCUAUAACUUGGCUAGACUCUAUGAGGCCAUGUGCGAGUUCCAUGAGGCAGAGAAACUCUACAAGAACAUCCUGAGAGAGCAUCCCAAUUACGUGGACUGUUAUUUGCGUCUUGGAGCAAUGGCACGUGACAAGGGAAAUUUCUAUGAAGCUUCUGACUGGUUUAAAGAAGCUUUACAGAUCAAUCAGGAUCACCCUGAUGCCUGGUCGCUGAUUGGUAACCUCCAUCUGGCCAAGCAGGAAUGGGGUCCCGGCCAGAAGAAGUUUGAACGCAUCCUUAAACAGCCGUCCACUCAAAAUGACACCUACUCUAUGCUGGCGCUAGGGAACGUGUGGCUUCAGACACUGCAUCAGCCCACUAGAGAUCGCGAAAAGGAAAAGCGGCACCAGGAUCGAGCACUAGCGAUCUACAAACAAGUCCUGAGGAACGAUGCCAAAAAUCUGUAUGCUGCCAAUGGCAUAGGUGCUGUACUGGCACAUAAGGGUUAUUUCCGAGAGGCAAGAGAUGUCUUUGCUCAGGUCAGAGAGGCCACAGCAGAGAUCAGUGAUGUCUGGCUGAACCUUGCACACAUCUAUGUGGAGCAGAAGCAGUACAUCAGUGCUGUGCAGAUGUAUGAAAACUGCUUGAAGAAAUUCUUCAAGUUUCAGAACACAGAGGUGCUGUUGUAUCUGGCCCGAGCGCUCUUCAAAUGUGGCAAGCUGCAGGAGUGUAAACAGACUCUUCUGAGGGCUCGUCACGUGGCACCCAGUGACACAGUGCUGAUGUUUAACGUGGCACUGGUGCUUCAGAGGUUGGCCACACUUGUGUUGAAGGAUGAAAAGAGUAAUCUAAAGGCUGUGCUGAGUGCAGUGAAAGAGCUGGAGUUAGCUCACAGGUAUUUCAGCUACCUUAGUAAGGCUGGAGACAAAAUGAGGUUUGACCUCGCACUGGCUGCUGGUGAAGCCAGGCAGUGUUCUGACUUGCUAAGCCAGGCUCAGUACCAUGUGGCACGAGCUCGUAAACAAGAUGAGGAGGAGAAGGAGCACCGUGCUAAACAGGAGCAGGAGAGAGACCUGCUGCGACAACAGAUGAUGAAAACGCAAGAGGAGAAGAAGAACAGGGAGGCUGAGGAGCAGAAGAAGCUCCUCGAGCAGAGAGCUCAGUAUGUAGAGAAGACCAAGAACCUGCUCACCUUCGCUGAGGGAAUGAAAGAGGCAAACAAAGAGAAGAAGAAAGGAGGAGGUGGAAGACGCAAGAAAGGAGGUGACUUUGAUGACUUUGUCAAUGAUGACUCCGAUGAGGAUCUGCCGCUCAAGAAGAAGAAGAAGAAGAAAGCUGGGAGCGGCAGUGAAGUUGAUGAUGAAGGCGGAGAGGAGGGAGAGAAGAAACCCCGCAAGAAACGAAGAAGACCGACUAAAAGAGAGGAUGGAGGUUCAGAUGAUGAAGAAGGAGGCUCCAGGCCCAAGAAACAGCGCAAACCCAGAGAGCGCAAGAAGAUUGAGAAGUCUAAGCCAGAGCGCAUGCCGCCGUCUCUUAAAGGAAAGAUCAAAUCCAAAGCAAUCAUUUCAUCCUCUGAUUCCUCCUCUGAUGAGGAUGGCCUAAAAAUAGCAGAAGACAGAAACCCCCGGGACAGCGGCUCAGGUUCUGACGAUGACGAAAGCCACAAGAAACGCAUUGCUUCCGACAGCGAUUCCAAUGAGGAGCGGAACCAGUCUGGAAGUGAGCCCGGCAGCCCGCAGCGCUCUGGAAACUCAGAUGACGAUGACUCUGGCAGUGAACGACCAGUGAAGAGGAGGAGACCGCAGCAGCAGCAAUCCGACUCUGAACAGUCGGACAAUGAGAGCAAAAAGAGCCGCUCUGAAGGAUCCGACGAAGAUUCCCCGGCCAGAUCUCCAGCCGCUGCGUCAGACCGGGGCUCAGACAAUGAGGGGUCUCCACAGAGGUCUGAUAAUGAUUCUGAGCCUGAGGGGUCCAACAAUGAAGCUUCUAACAGAGGCUCUGAUGAUGAUAGUGACUAAAUUUACUAAAUCGCCUGUGUCAUAUCUGGAAAAAAAGGAUAAAAGAGAAUCUUUUGUCUACUUGUCAUGUUUCCUCAUUGCGUAUGUAAUUAUGUGUCUUCCUGGAUAUGUUUCUCAUAUUUUCCAGGAUGUUUUUAUUUUUUAAUUGGUCCAAAAAUGAGAACGGUGUUUUAUGUUCAGUCUUUUGAGUAUAAAAUGUUUAAAACCUUUUUUGCUUAAGCAUUUUGUUGAUCAUUACAACAUGAACAUAAAACACAGUAGUCUUAUGGGGUUAUCAAAAGCUGUGAUGAGUUGGUGUACAUUAUAAAAUAAACUUUUGAAUUAAAAGUAUUUUGA